AUGACCUCUUCUUUUAACCCUAUCACUCAAGUGUCGACUUGCAUGGUCCCAUCGUCUGCCAAUACAACGAUACCAGCGACUCAUUGGGAGUUCCAUGAUCCACAAAACGGUGAGGAGAGCUACAAUACUGACACUCAGACGAUAGGUAUGACUCAAGUUCCUAAGGGAUAUGAGAUGGGAUGCCCUAUCUAUGGUCAACAAGGAAACAUGAAACGACUCCAAGCCGCAGGCAAGGCUGCGGAGAGCUGGAGAUAUACUGUUACCGAUCCUGACGCGGAACGCGAUUUGACCCAUAUUGUAAAAGUUUUAGAUUUGUACGACAUCAUCUCAAGAAAACACAAUGGGUCAGAUAUCAGAAUAUCAUACCAUAUGGAUCAUCAUGAAUUAAGCUUGCUACCAAAGGAUCAUAUCCCUAAUGAGUUCGAUCUUACUCUAAGUGUACCCACAGCAUCAGAUCAUAGUUCGGAGCCUUCCUUCGAUCUCGAGAAUUCUCGUCCUAUCGUGGCUUAUUAUCGUGCAGAGCCGAAAUCUGGUAAAAGUAGAUUAACUUUAAAAUAUGGUUCCAGGGAUUCGGAACAAUCCAACCUACCAGGAUUGAACGCCCUUUUGAAAGAAUCUCCCUUUUGGUCCAGUAAGCUCGAGGCCGUGAAGGAUGUGAUGAGAACUGCGAUUCCAGCUUGCGCUCGGGGAAUUGGAUCAGAGACUGAGAAAAUAUCUUAUACUGCUGAUGGGGUACAAGUUGUGAUUAAAAGACCGGGAAGGGGGGACAAUGAGGAUGAUGCUGAAUGGGAGGCAAGCCUAACCAAGCAGGUGGAUAAUGAUUCUUCCUCCAAGCAACACUAA